AUGGGGAAGGGUACGUGGAAGCCACAAGGAAAUGGAAAAGAGGUGUUUGACAACAAAGGUAGACUUAUGGGUUACGUGAAAAGUUUGAAGUACACCUACGGCGAAAGUGAUAACAAGAAUGCUAAUGGUGAGUGGCUAAUGAAGGAAUACUCUUUGUAUGAUGGUUAUUUGGGUACUAGAGAAAUUAAGAACAUGGGUUAUGUAAUAUGUAAGAUAAAGAAGAAGGAAAAAUCUAUUAGCGAUGAGAAUAUGAAUGACGUUGGAGAACUUAUUGAUUCAUCUUUACAAUUAGAAGAUGACAUUAUUGUAGAGGAAGACGAUGUUGGAGAUGAAGUACUUGCUAUUAUGGACAAAGAAGACGAUGGUGAUCGUAAUAUAAAAUGCCGAAAGGGAUAUCCCUCGGCUGAUAUUGAUCUUGAAAACAUAGACUUUGUUAUAGAAUUUAACAAUUAG